AUGGAGAAACUUGCGGAUAUGGCUGCAAAUCAAGAUUUGGAUUGUGAUGAUCUCCUAGAGUUGAAUCAGUUCGACGGGCUUUUUUUUCCCUCCCGAUAUUACGAUCUGCUGAGAGGGAGAAAAGUUCUCCCUGUUUGGGAAGCCAAGUGUGAGUUCAUGGAUUCUGUUAUCAACCACCAGCUUGUAAUCAUCGGUGGCACAGUCAAGACAGGACAAAGCACACAGGUAUGGUGUGCAGAGUUUUGCCUGUCCAUGCAGUACCAGAACGGUAUGGUGGUGUGCACUCAGAUCCACCAGCAAAGUGCAGUGGAGCUAGCCCUACGUGUGGCCGACGAGAUGGAUGUGAACAUUGGUCAUGAGGUGGGAUAUCGCAUCCCACAUCAGACCUGCUGUUCCACUGAUACUGUGCUGUUGACGUGGCCUGACAGGUACUGCACAGAUGAUGUGCUAAUUCGUGAGAUAAUGUCGGACCCUCUGUUGAAGCAGUAUGGUGUGGUCGUGAUUGACCAGGCCCAGGAGCGUACUGUCAGCACAGACCUCCUCCUUGGCCUUCUCAAAGGCAUGCUCCACAUGCGGCCUGAGCUGCGUCUUGUCAUCCUCACCACCCCCUAUUCCUUGGACAAGAUGCUGUGCCACUAUGGGCCUGUACCCCUGAUCCAGCUCGAGGCACCAUGGCCAUCUGAGGUGGUGUACGGAACUGGGAAGAGUGGCGUGAAAGACUAUCUGUGUUCAACUCUCCAACUUGCCAUGGAGAUCCACCAGACACAAACCCAAGGGGAUAUUGUGGCAUUCCUGGCUACUGAGCAAGAGAUUGAGUGUGCCCAUUCCAUUCUGCAGAGGGAAAGGGCCAGCCGUAUUGCCAUCUGUCCUCAGCCAGAAGGCAACCUGCCUUUGCCCAUGGAGGAGGAACACAGCAGAUGCAGGAAGGUCUUCCUCACCUGCGGGCCCACUGAACACCUAUUCUGGGCUCUACAUAGCAUUCACUUCAUCAUUGAUGCUGGAGUACAAAAGAGAUAUGUGUACAACCCCUGAAUCAGAGCCAACUCUAUUAUUAUUCGGCCAAUCAGCAAGAGCCAGGCAGAGUGCCGCAAGCAGCUAAUUGGACAAAAAGGAAAGUGUUUUUGUUUGUACCUGGAGGCCACAUCCUUUCCAACUGAGAGUGUCCCUCACAUUCUGGAGUCUGACAUCACUUCCACAGUGCUGUUCCUCAAGCCGAUGGAGAUUGCUGGUCUGGGCCAAUGUGACUUCAUCGAUAGGCCAGAUCCUGAGGGCCUCAUGCAGGCAUUAGAAGAGCUGGACUAUCUAGCAGCUCUGGAUAAUCAUGGGAAUCUAUCUGAGAUUGGAGUAAUUAUGUCCGAAUUGCCUCUGGAACCACAGAUGGCUAAGACUAUGCUGGCAUCCUGUGAGUUUGACUGUGUGAGCGAGGUGCAAACAUUGCUGCCAUGUGCUGAUCAUUUUCUUAGUCUGGCUGCUCUGCAGACAGCUGAUGCUGUUCGAGCAGAACUUGCUGAGAUCCUGAAACGAUUAGAGCUUCCAGUGUCUUCUCCAGCAUUUAGCUCUAAGAUCAACAUGCUGAAUAUCAAGCGAGCCCUGUUGGCUGGCUUCUUCAUGAAGGUGGCAAGGGACAUUGAUGGGGAAGGGAAUUACUUCAUGCUUACCCACAAGCAUGUGGCUCAGAUCCAUCCUCUAUCGGGCUAUGGAAGUGAGCCACCCAAGCGGAUUCUUCCAGAGUUUGUUCCUAUGGCUCCUCAGUACUUCUUCUACAACUUUCCCCCUAGUGAGAGUAAGGAGGUACUGCAGCACAUCAUAGAACACAGCUCAGCUGCACCCUGUAAGGGCAAGAGAGAACCCCAGAUCCAGAACAACAGUACCCAUGAAGAACAGUCCUAUGAACGCUGUGUCAUACAGUGACCAUGGUACCACAAUUGUUACUAUAACGCUGCAGAGAUAGAAUAACAUUAUGUGCAAAAUCAUUCAAAACAUCAUAUGGUUGUGUGGUCUAAAGCCUUAAGUCAUUAACAAAGCCAAAGGACAUCUAGAGGUAUUACUAGGACAGACGUUAAGUAACAGGAAACAUAUUUAAAUACUGCUGGACAGUAGCCAUGUUAGGAAGCUCUGCAUGAAAAUGUGGUGACUAGAUUC